AUGAGGAGACGCUGGGCCCAAUUCAUCAACCAAAACAACGAACACGAGGUCGUCACCCGACUGCUCAAACUGCAGACGGAGCUGGAGGCCCUCACUAAGCAGCGAUCGCUCUCUCCGGCAUCUCAUACGAGAAAUGUAGCCGACGAGCUACCACCGACUGAGAAGGGAUGCUUGCACCCGCCAAUGAGCGCCGAAACCCUGCAUGUACCAGUGACGGUAAUGGGGCCGGACAGCAAAAUGGCAUUGGCAUCUUACUCCCAUACCUCGGGACCAGCCAUCUAUACCAGCGAAAGCUUUCAGUCCGCCACACCGACAGCGGCCGACACGAGACCUGGCAUCGAAGUAGUCAGCAGAGUAACAAUCGCAUCAACGGCGGCACAAGCACCUCAACGACAGCUGUUACAUACACAACAUCAACAACAGACGCCAACCGAUCAGCGCGUCGAUUGUAACAAUGGCGUCACAGCAGGAGCAGCAACAUUUACACCAACAACACCAACCACGACAACUAUCAUAACCACAACAUCAUUAGCGUUAACCUCAACCACUACCACAACACUACGUCCAUAA